GCAGACGCUCGAAAAUGGACGAAAUAUCAUGUGAAAAUUAAAAAAUCGUAUAAAUUGGUUGAUGUAUAAACCCAGUUUACAUUUUAAAACAGUGAUUUUGAAUCGAGCUAAUAUUUUGGAUGUUGUUUAGUUAAAAGUUAAAAAAAUAAAGCGCUAUGGACGUUGAUAAAGAUUUAGAUGCAAAUUUAUUGCAGCAGUUCAGUUGCCUUGGUACAACCGACCGCGAUGUUUUAGUUUCUCAACUUCAAAAGUUAUUAGGAAAUCAACUCAACGCUGCAGGAUGUGCUUUCUUCUUGGAUAUGAAUAAUUGGAACCUGCAGGCAGCUGUGUGUUCAUACUUUGACUUUGAAGCACCUCUAGAAAAACUGCCUUCAAUGUCUUUUGUGAAAGAUGUAACCAUUGGAGAGGGUGAAGCUGUACCUCCCAGCACUAGAUUUGUGAAGACAUGGAAAAUUCAAAAUCCUGGAGAUGAACACUGGCCUCCAGGGUGCUGCCUCAGAUUUACAAAUGGUCAUCGUCUUGGUUGUGAAGAUCGAGCUUUAGUUAAACCACUGAAGCCUAGAGAAGUAGCUGAUAUCUCUAUAGAGAUGGUCAGUCCAGAUCGGCCAGGUAUCUAUCAAGGUCAGUGGAGGAUGAGCACAGCAACUGGACAAUACUUUGGAGAGGUAAUGUGGGUGAUAGUGACGGUAGCAGAAGGAGGACUCCUUAGUUUAACUCAACAAAUGGAUGCUUUCCACCAAUUAGGUCAGCCUGCACUCGGUGCUCCCAUCUCUACAAACCCUUUUGCAGCUACUGAAAGGAUAUAUACAUUCAACUCCUCACCACAACAGGAUGGAGGACCUUCUGUUAAUGGGCAUUCACGUAGUCCACCUAGCUCAGCAUCUCCAUCAAGGUUUAUGUAUACCUGCUCCAAUAGUCUCCCGUCAUCUCCCGUAAGGAAGCUGUUAUUCGAGACAUCAUCCACGAUACCCCAACUGUCUUCUUCUUUGCCGUCAUCUCAGAUCCAAAACAACACUGAAAUGGGUUCAGAAGAUAUGAUGUUAUAGAGUAUUUAAAACUAUUUUAUGAUUUAUGUGUGUGUGUUUUUGACUUUAGAGAAGAAACUUGCUAGAUUUUGACCGUAUACUUGCAAACAGUUUUCUUUCCAUCUCAUUUUUGUUUAUUUUUUAAGUCAAUCGACAAAGUUAUUAGUGUACUUGUUGCUUAAAGAUGUAAAAUUGGGGAAUAUGAUGGUGUACAUCUUAGCAUAAAACAAAAAUGUUAAGAGCAAAGCUUAAAGAAACAUCCAGAAAAAAUAUAUAAGAGAAAUAACUACUUUGAGUUACAAAUAUCUCUAUGAAGCAUUGUUUGGAAAUGACAUGUCAUUUAAGCAUGUUCUUGCAGAAGCAUGGGUUAAAAAAACUUAUUUUUCUCUGUAAUAAUUUACUUUUAGGCCUAAACGUUAUGAAAAAAACAAGUCAUUGGAUUGAUCAAUUUAUUCGUAGAGAAAAACUUGUUUUCAUUAUACAUUUGUGUCUUUUCUUUUACAACGUACUCAGAAACAUCUUCAUGAGAGUAAAUUUAUUUUAAAUGCAUUGAAACUGUGGUCCUACUUAAUUAUUAGACGAUUUGUUAUCGAGUUCGAGUUGUGAAUGAGUGUCAGGUUUGAAUGAUAAAAGAUCACAACGUAUGAAAUGUGCAUGAUGAAAGAUUGUAACAAGACUGUCUGCUUUAUUAAAUCAUGUUUCUUUGUCUUUUAGAAUUGUGAACUCACAGCUUAUACAUUGACAAAAAUGAUGUUCCUAGGUGUGAGAAGUACGUUUUUUUUUUGUGUUCAUAUAUAACUGUAUAGUUCUUUGUUGGUUACGACAACCUUCAGAAUCUCUUGACGUGUACAGUGGUACAUUAAUUGGAAAUGUAAUUCCAAUUCUUGUAGUUUGUUUUUGGGUUGAAAACUAUCAAAUCAACCGAAACAAAUCCUUCCAAGCGAGAGUAUAAUGUUUAUAAGUUUUAGUUCUCCAUUUCCAGUGCUAAGUAGGUGUGGCAAAUAAGCAAUGUGGAAAUAUUCAAGUCCUUGGAAUCGUCAUCAAGGACGUUUGUUAACAAAAUUAUAUUUCAUCGUAAGCUUUUAGUACUUUUUAACAUCCAUCAAAGGCUGCAGUAUCAGUAAUAAAAAUAAUUAUCAGCUUAAAAAAAUUCCAGCGUUUUCAUUAAUUAUAAGCAAAUCUCUUGUAUUGUCUAAUGUACAUUGAUAUGGUAACAAGAAAUGUAAUACCAAUUCUUGUAUGGUUGUUUUUUUCUGCCUCAAAAACUACCAAAUAGACUAAAAAAAAAUCCUUUCAAAAGGAUAUUUAAAUAAUCUAUUAUCAACGACAGGUAUUUUACAGAUCUUUUGGUGCAUCAAUAGAAGUAUGUCAAACUUGUGGCUGUGAUCUUAUUUUAAAAUAUUUCUGUUUGUUACUGUAUAGCGUCUUUGUUCAAUUCUUUAAAGAAUAAAAUUUUCCAAACCAAACAUAACCUUAUCCAUCCAUAACUUAUAAAAAUAAACAACUUUUAUGUUGAGUAAACUGUGGAAAAGAUGUAUAAAAAAACAACAACUAAAAAUAUAGAGGUUAUAAACUGUGGAAAAGAUGUAUAAAAAAACAACAACUAAAAAUAUAGAGGUUAUAAACUGUGGAAAAGAUGUAUAAAAAACAACAACUAAAAAUAUAGAGGUUAUAAACUGUGGAAAAGAUGUAUAAAAAACAACAACUAAAAAUAUAGAAGUUACUAGAAGUCUUUAACAUGCUUAGAAAUAAAAGAUAAUAUGUUUUUUAGCUAGUAUGUAGUUUUCUAAAUACAAAAAUGAGAUUCGAAGAGAUACUGUAUUUUAUAUGAUUCGUAGAGUACAAAGGAUUUAAUUUGUUUAUUAAAUGUUAAACCAUUGUAAAAUUUAAAUGUACAGCUACAACAGUGGGUUAGUAUGAUAUGCUAGCUUUAUAUAAAGAGGUAAUACUGGAAAUUAACGAACCUUAUUGCUACUGCUACAUUUUUCAAGUAUAUUUGAAAUACGAUUCAAAUUACUAUAAACUGUUUUACUCAAUAAAACGUGUGAUCGGAGAAAUGAAGAACGUUGGUAAGAAGCAGUUUUACGGUUGCCGAUGCAACAUGCUAGCGUCGGCUCCCACUCUUGCUAUUAAUUACUUCAUUAUUAAGUAUGUGCCUUUAAUAUUUUGGUGGAAAAGAAUUUACAGUUAGUCAUUAUUUAGUAGUUUUUCUAUCUAAACAAGACUAGAAAUAACUGUGUCAUGUUCUAACUGUUAAAACCAUCUUUAUUAGCUAUAGUUUAAUUUGUUAAAAACAAGGAAGCAAAGAUUGUCACCAGUUCUACAAAUCAAGGCUUUAAAGCUUUUAUAUAAAUAUAUUACAUAUAUGUACCAAAAUAUCUUUAAUGUAUGUUCAUCAAUUUUGUAAGAAAGAUCCAAAUACUUGUGCUUUUUUAAUUAAUUGUUGAGCAAGCAGGUUAGACUGAAGGAUUGUUUGAAAUUGAGAGCUUCGACUUUAUUAGAUGAUGGUUUGUUUUUGAUAUAUAUAUAAUAAAAUUUUUACUGUU